CUUCGGGUCAACGAGCAAAAAUGUACUGUUUUGGACGACCCUCGGCAGACAGAAGGCGAAAUAUGGCUGCAUUUUUAAGGUUUUUGGAGUUCUCUAACUGCAUUACACGCUUUUCUGACCGAGAUUGCGAGGCCUGAAGUGGUCAGGGAGACCGUACCGUUACAAUGGCUAACCAAGAGCACUUUAUCCGACGCGAGAGCUUUCAAGACGACGCAGAGGUGGAGGAACAAGAGGAGGAUCCUCCGGAUGAAGGGCAGAACCUGGAGGAGCAGUUGAGCAGCUUCCGUAGACGCUGGCGGGAAGAGUUGCAGGCCGGCACUGGGGGCUCAGCGGGCAAGAAGGAUAAGUCCCCAGCUGGCGAUCAGGGGCGGGAAUCGCCCCGCCCAUCGGCUGUUACCCCUACUCCAAGCCGUCCACCUGUAGCUGUAGUGGACAAAGACGUCCAUCCCCAGCGGUCAUCGACCGAAGCUCAGCCCGCUGUCAGCCCAUUUUUUGUGGUCGAUGACCCCAAACCAGCAUCCAGUGACGCACAGGGUAAGCAGUCUGGUGCCGUCGGCGUGGGAACCAACAGACAACAACAGCAGCAGCUACAGCAGCACCAACAACAACAGCAACAAGCACCUGCCGCAAAAGAGAAAGCCACAGGGUACAAAGAAGACAGCAACGCCAACAGGCAGCCUGACAAAGAAGAAACCAUUGAGAUGAAGGCCAAGGAGCUUUUCAUCCAAGGUGUCAAUGCUGAGAGACACGGGAAUCUCACAGAAGCGAUCUGCAAGUACCGUCAUGCCAUUCAGCUAGUUCCGGAUGUAGAGUCCAGGAUCACUGACUACACCAUCAGCCAGCCUAUGAAGGACGACGACGCAGACAAUGACAUACAGGAAGGCUAUGACGACGACGGACAGUCGAGUGAUGCGGAUCCUGAUGGAAUGGAGGAGCUGGAAUCGGAGCUGUGUGCUCUCACCACCAAUGACAUCAAGUCACACUGCGAACCAGGGUUUCAGCAGACGAGUACCCACAUCUCGGCCUUGCCCGUGGAGUUACUGCUCUACAUCUUCCGCUAUGUGGUAUCCAGUGACCUGGACCUGCGCUCCUUGGAGCUUCUAUCCUCCGUCUGCCGUGGGUUCUACGUCUGCGCCAGGGACCCUUCUCUCUGGCACCGUGCAUGCCUUGGCGUGUUCGGCCGCUGUUGUCUGACAAAGGAGUAUGCUACCUGGCGUCAGAUGUUCCUGGAGAGGCCACACCCAAACUACAACGGCGUCUACAUCAGCAGGAACGCCUACUUCAGGAAGGGGGAGGCUGACGAUGACGGGCUGUACAGACCCUGGCACAUGGUGGAGUACUACAGAUACGUCAGGCUCUUCCCUGAUGGCACCAUGUUGAUGUACAGCGCCCCAGAGGAGCCCAAGCUGAUAGUGAGCAAGUUGCGGAACCAGACUACAUCUCUGCAGAGCGUGGUGGUUGGCAAAUACCGGCUUGACGGUGACAUGGUCACCGGUGUACUGCGGAGAGAGAACAACAAAGUGUACGACAACCAUCUCCGUCGCUACAUACGCUACAAGCGCAACAUGAACGCCAAGAUGGACACGGAACACAUUUUUUACGUAGAGUUCAUCCUGCACGCGUGCGGCCACCGGCCAAACUUCAAGCUUGAUUGGCGUUCGUACAGCUGUCAUACACACCAUAGGCCCACUGGAAGGACCACCGUGACCGAUUUUGAAGUCGAGAAGAAAUUCAAGCCGCUGAUAUUCUCCCGAGUCAAAAGCUACACCAAGACCUCGGAGAAACCACUGUAAAUCCUCGCUGCUGAUUGGUCAGUUAAAAGCAACACCCCACACAAGCUUUGAAUGAUCAAUGCUGAUUGGUCAAUCAAAAGGAAAACCCCUUACAAGCCUGCAUCCUCACUGCUGAUUGGUCAGUUAAAAGGCAGACCCCCAUUAAGCUUUGCAUUCCCGCUGCUUAUUGGUUAAAAAACAAUUGAGACCACAACAAAGCCUUGGAUCAUCAUUGCCGAUUGGUCAAUUAAAGCAAGACCCACGCCAAGCUUUGCAUCCUCACUGCCGAUUGGUCAGUUAAAAGCCACACCCCAAAUAAACUUUGCAGGAUCAAUGCUGAUUGGUCAAUCAAAAGGAAAACCCCUAACAAACUUUGUAUCCUCAUUGCUGAUUGGUCAUUAAAAAAACAGACCCCACCAAAUUUUGCAUCCUGGCUGCCGAUUGGUCAAUUAAUAGGGAGACCCCAAUCACGUUUUGAACCCUGACUGCUGAUUGGUCAAUGCCUUAGCAACAAAUUAGUUCAGACCUGCUUGGUUGAGACCAUAGCAACCAAUUGUGUUAAAAAUGUAUCAUUGUUUUUACUGAGUGAUUUGGUAUCCUUUUUGUGUUUUUUUUUUAAAUCAUGCGCAUUAUCAACAAAAAAAGAGGAAAACAUAUACAUUUAGAUAUUAUAGUGAAGACAAACAGCAAUUAUUCUUUUAAGUUCACUUUUUAGCAGUAUAAAAGAAAAGUCAAGUUACUGAACUUUAUGUAACUCAUGCAUAUUCAUAUCAUGACAAUUUAUACGUGAACAAAUGGAUAACAUAUCCAAAUUUUUUUUGCCAUGGCGUACUAAGCAAUGUACAAACAACUCAUAAUCAUGUAAAUACUUGACAAAUGCAUUAAGCAGUCUUGAAAUUUCGCUAUACAUUUACACAGAAUUUGCUCAGUUUUGAAGGCAAUAUAAGCACAAAGGGUUUGUGAAAUUGGUCUAAAAGUGCACUGUACUCUUUGAGCACGGUGUCCAUUAUUUUUCUAUUUUUUGGGGGGGGGGGAGUUCAGGAACAGAACCACCGAAGAGAAACAAAUCUUCAUCGGUUUGAAAUCUUUAUUUUAACAUUUUUAUUUUAUUUUUAAUGCCAUAUCAAGGACUGGAGUUUCUGAAUCUAAAAAUGUUGCUUACGAGGUGUUAUAUCAAGUGAUGUAUUCGCAAGUUCAAAUUCAUUGCAGUUUUACAUGCUAUCUACCUGUGCACAUAAUCAAGAAAACCUUAUACAGGUUUCAGAUCGUACUCUGUUUCUGAUGUUCUUAAUUCCGAGAGAGAAAAAGUUGUGUAGUUUGGGGCAGAAACUUGCCCAUCUGACUUCAACGUAGUAAGUUAACGGUUUAUUAGCAAAUUGUAUUUUAUUCAGGAUGUUUAGUUUGUGCAGCUUUGGGGAAACUAACUUAAAGGGUUAAGCAUUGGACUAACGAACAGUUUUCAUUAUUGGAUGGCUGUCUUUAUUUAAUUUUUAAAUUGAUUUUGGUUGCAAUGACGGGCCGAAUUUUAUGCACAUUGCAAACAUCUUGGCUGUGAAGCUGUUUGGUUGGUAACGAAAUUUGUGUUUUUGGCUUUUCCGCAAACUGCGGAAAAGCCUUUGUUUUUUAAAUUUCUUUUGUGUUUAUUUUAGACAUAAAUGCCAUGCUGUAGAAGCAUUUUAAUCAGAACUACGCACCACAUCUGUAAUUGACAGUUACGCUUACACCCUGUAUAGGAUGUGAUCUGCAGUUCCUAAACUAAACGGUGUGAACACUAUGUCUUGACAGUGUCUUUCUGGCAAAACUGAACUAUUCAGCCCACUGCAUAUGUAUAGCAAUGUAAAUAUUUCUAAUUGAGAAAAUGUUCAUUCAUUCAGUUCUUUUGCUCCAAGUAACUUUGUUAAAGUCUUCUUUCAACAGUUUAAAAAAAUGCUCACUAUUGUACAUUAUCUUUGUGCAUAUGUACUUCAUGCAUUACUUGGCAGAAUUUUGACAGUUAUCAGUUAAUUAACUGUAAUCUUUACUCCUUGCUAGCGAGGGUAGAUUUAUGUUCAUGUAUAUGUAGUUACAUCAUGCAAUUGUACAUUGAUAAAGACAAGAAAAAAGUUUGAAAUGCAUGUAGAUCGAUGUGGUAACUGGAAUUUCACUGUUAGCAUGUUGAAUAAAUAUGAUUAUUUUUAUGAAAUA